AUGACAAUGCUUAACCUCUCUCUUUUUUGCUUGAUAUCAUUCUUUACCUUCUUUUCAUUUUCAUAUCCUGCAACGGACACACUCACAUCUUUGAACACGUUUGGAGACAAUCAAACCCUGGUCUCAUCCGGUGGACUUUUCGAGCUUGGCUUCUUCAGCGAAAACUUUUCGGGUUAUCACUAUCUGGGAAUUUGGUUCACAGCCGAUCGAAGCAAGGUUGUCUGGGUUGACCGGGAAAAUCCAAUAUUGGAUUCAUCCGGCCUCCUUCAAAUCCGGACAGGGAAUUUGGUUAUCACCGACCGGCGACAAGUCCAGUUGAUAGUCAAUUCAGGAAGUGUCGCCGCGGCCAGUACUAAUACAAGCGCAACACUUCAUGACACUGGAAAUUUUGUCCUUAAAGAAGUUUAUACAGGCAGGGUCUGA